UGCUCUGCUCAGAAACCCCGGGCUCGUCACUCAAGCCGGUUCUCAGUUCGCACUUGGCAGCACCGGCAGGAGGCUGGCUGCUAGGUCUGGGAGCAGAGCAGCAGCGCCCCAGUCCUGGUCCCGCAGCCCCAAGCCGCACCUGCUCGCCCGGUGCCAGGAUGGCCACCAUCACCUGCACCCGCUUCACGGAAGAGUACCAGCUCUUCGAGGAACUGGGAAAGGGAGCCUUCUCCGUGGUGCGCAGGUGCGUGAAGGUGCUGGCUGGCCAGGAAUAUGCUGCCAAGAUCAUCAACACUAAGAAGCUCUCGGCCAGAGAUCACCAGAAGCUGGAGCGGGAAGCCCGCAUCUGCCGCCUGCUGAAGCACCCCAACAUUGUCCGGCUUCAUGACAGCAUCUCCGAGGAGGGGCACCACUACCUGAUCUUCGACCUGGUCACCGGCGGGGAGCUGUUUGAGGACAUUGUGGCCCGCGAGUAUUACAGUGAGGCCGAUGCCAGUCACUGUAUCCAGCAGAUCCUGGAGGCCGUGCUCCACUGCCACCAGAUGGGGGUGGUACACAGGGACCUGAAGCCGGAGAAUCUGCUGCUGGCCUCCAAGCUCAAGGGCGCCGCGGUGAAGCUGGCGGACUUUGGCCUGGCCAUAGAGGUGGAGGGGGAGCAGCAGGCAUGGUUUGGCUUCGCAGGGACACCCGGAUACCUCUCCCCGGAAGUGCUGCGCAAGGACCCGUACGGGAAGCCUGUGGACCUGUGGGCCUGCGGGGUCAUCCUCUACAUCCUGCUGGUGGGGUACCCCCCGUUCUGGGAUGAGGACCAGCACCGCCUGUACCAGCAGAUCAAAGCCGGCGCCUAUGACUUCCCUUCGCCGGAAUGGGACACCGUCACCCCGGAAGCCAAGGACCUGAUCAACAAGAUGCUCACCAUCAACCCCUCCAAGCGCAUCACGGCCGCCGAGGCCCUCAAGCAUCCCUGGAUCUCGCACCGGUCCACCGUGGCCUCCUGCAUGCACAGACAGGAGACCGUGGACUGCCUGAAGAAGUUCAACGCCAGGAGGAAACUGAAGGGAGCUAUCCUCACCACCAUGCUGGCCACCAGGAACUUCUCUGGUGGGAAGAGUGGCGGAAACAAGAAGAAUGACGGCGUGAAGAAAAGAAAGUCCAGUUCCAGCGUUCAGUUAAUGGAAUCUUCUGAGAGCACCAACACCACCAUCGAGGACGAAGACACCAAAGUGCGGAAACAGGAGAUUAUCAAGGUGACAGAGCAGCUGAUUGAAGCCAUAAGCAAUGGAGAUUUUGAGUCCUACACGAAGAUGUGUGACCCCGGGAUGACGGCUUUCGAACCCGAGGCCCUGGGGAACCUGGUCGAGGGCCUGGACUUCCACCGAUUCUAUUUUGAAAACCUGUGGUCCCGGAACAGCAAGCCGGUGCACACCACCAUCCUGAACCCCCACAUCCACCUGAUGGGUGACGAGUCAGCCUGCAUCGCCUACAUCCGCAUCACCCAGUACCUGGACGCCGGCGGCAUCCCCCGCACGGCCCAGUCGGAGGAGACCCGUGUCUGGCACCGCCGGGAUGGCAAAUGGCAGAUCGUGCACUUCCACCGAUCGGGGGCGCCCUCCGUCCUGCCCCACUGAGGGGCCGGGCAGGCCCCGCAUCGCAGAGGCCUGCCCCUCGUGUGUGGAAUACGCGGCUGCUGGUUCUCCCACUUGGAUUUUGCUGGAGUCCUCAUCACAUCACACCCGCCACCACCAUGAUGUCACCUUCAUUCCCGCGUCAAGAAAACCUGCCUGUUCGCAAACGCCAUCCCGCCUUCGGAGCAAAGGGCCGCGUCUCCCGCCCCUACCUGUCACUCUGGCUCUCGGUCCCCUGCAGGGCGGGGCUUCCUCAGGCCCAGGUGCCCGGGUGCCGGGUGCUGCCCCCCCGCCCCCCCGCGGUCGCUGGCCUGGUCUUGCCUUGGCUCUAGGCCAGAGCUGUGUGUUCACGGGGGCUGGGGAGGGACGUGGCCCCCGCCAGCCCCUCUCCCUGAGCCUUCCUCUUCCAGAGCCCCCCACCACCACCGGGAAAGCAGACGGACGGCCCACCCGCCCCCGGCGGCCCGCCUUUGGGAGAGGGUGUGCGAGCCUCCUGCCUUCCUCACUCUUCUGUCCUGCCUGCCUCCCUCUCAGGGAGGGCGUGUGGCCCCCGUGCGGUCCCCCGGGCCCCGCUUCCCCCGUCUGCCUUCUCCAGUGUUUACCCCCCAGCGCCAACGGCCCAGCCCACCCUUCCAUCAGGCCCAGAGAAACCCGGCUUGGUCACAUCCCAGGGAGAGAAUCUGACUGCUCUGGGGUAAAAGAAACCGGUGCGGAGGCCCUUCUGGGCCGGCAGGCCUCCUACCGCCGGACUCCUGCGCGUGUCAUUAACGGGUGUCGUGUUGACGCCAUCGCGUGACAACCGGGCCUCUCAAGUUAGGCGAGAAGGGCCGGGCGGGGAGGGCGGGGGAGGAGGAGUGGGGGUAGGUUUUGUUCUUUUUUCAUUCUAGGUCAUUUUUUUUGGGUCAUCUCUGAGAUGGACUUUGUCACCUGGGGUUACCUGGGGCCGAGGCGGCCCCAGAGGAAGGACCUCUGGCGUUUCAGUCCUAAGGGCCCCUCAGGCCCGGAGAUGGCCUGGAUGUCAGUGCUGACGCGGCAAUGGCCAAUCAGGGCAGAGAGCGUGGGGAGGUGGUCAGGAUGGCAAUAUCUGGAUCUUCCUUGCUUGCCUCCCAAACCGGGGUCCUUACCACCACGCUUCCGAGGGUCUCAUCCCCCCACUCCGUGGGCCGCCCACCCACCCCUCCCCCGCCCAGCAUGUGUCUUCGUGCGGGUCCAACAGCACUGGCAUCUCUGCUCUCAGCCUCCUCCCGCAGCCCUGGGUUUGCAUCUCUCUUUUCCCCUCUCGAGCCCUCUGCCCUCGGGGUCCCCGCUGCCGUGGCUGCCCUGGUGGCUAUUCUCUAGGCGCCACUGUCUGCACUGUUUUCUUUGCAUGACUCUAUAUGCAGUAAGUAUGCUGAAAACAAAAGAAAAGAAGAAAAAGCACUCAACAAAACCAAUCUACAUGUUUUGGAUAAAAAAAAAAUAGAGGUUGUAUUUUCAGUGUCCGACUCGGGAUUACGUUGCUGCCUCUCUGUGCUUUUGGCCUCUGUGUGGCCGUGUUUGCCAGCAUGAGAUACUGUCCCCUCUGGAGGAUUUUAGGGGAGGAAGAGCCGCAUCCCCAGAGCUUUGAAGGAGGCUCUGGUUCCCCAGAACCUCUGGGGAGUCCUGGGUUGAGCAGAGCAGGACAGAUGGGGUUGGGACCCAGGACGCCCUGAGUUCCCCGAUUGUGAGCUGUCUGCUGGGCCCCUGCCUGCAGCACGGGGGAUGCAGGCUGGGCGGGGGCUGCCCAGCCCGCCUGGCCUCCAAACUGGUCGAUCAACUGGCCUCUAUCCUUGGCAGAGACCCUGCUGCCAAGGCCCACGGUGGGCUCUUGGCCCGCCCCAGGUCCAGAGGGCUUCCCAGUAAGGCCCAGUGAUCCCAGUGCCCCAGCUGCAAAACUGCCUGCCUUCCCGGUGAGCUGCCAGCUCCCACAGCCAUCCCCCGGCCUAAGGUGAGGGGCUGCUGCAAUUACCAAGGCAAAGUCUGGUCCCUUCUUCAGCCUCAGUUUCCCCCUCUGUUAAAGGGGUUUAAUCUUCCAGCCUAGCCUAUUGGCAGGGCUGAUGGGGGAAUCAAACAGGAUGGAGAAGCGAAGCCCAUCCGCCCACCCGUGGGAGCUGACAGGGUGAGUCACUGGCUGAACCGCUGUUCCUUUCCGCGCCUGGCCAGUCCCCCUCCCCUGCCCCGCCUGCCCCUCCCUCUCCUUGGUGCCUGUCCACUGCUGAUCAGCAGGGACUGCGGGGAGGGUGGGUGCGAGGAGAGCUACCCUUUGCAGGUUAUUAGGCUUCCAUCCAUGGCUCCGACCAGACUUGCUGCAUGGAUGAGCCCCUUCCCUGCUGUGGUCCUCAGCUCCCACCAGAGGGAGCUGAGCUGGAGGACUCCCACCUCCCGUCCGCCGUACCCCUCUCUGGACGCUAGAGAAGUGGGUCCCUACCCCAGGCCAAGGUGGCCGUGCCUGGCGGUGGGCAGCCAGCCAGUGUGGCCCACAGGCUACUGGCGUGACCUCGAGGUGGAAGGCAGGGUAGGCUGGCAGGCAAAGCGGCCCAGCGCUCACUCUACCAGGCAGGCAAACAUCCCGUCGAUGCAAAAACUCCAGACUUAAGAUGAGUCCGUGACUUAAAAGCACUCACCUGGAGGUGCGCCCAGCGAGGGCUGGUCCUAACCCACUGCCUCCCGUCUCCCUUCAAAGGGGGACCCUCUGGGGGAUGUGUUUGCCAGAUUCCCCGUGCUGGUUUCUUUGUUACUAUUUGUUUGGGGGUUUGUUUCCGUUCUUUUUUUAUAACAUGUGGCUGUGAACUUGAAUGACCACUGCUCAAACUUUCUGCUAUUGUGGGGCUGGGGGGAAGAAGGGGUGUCUGUUUUAUUAUUGGUGUUUUCAGUGCAAUAAAAAGCUACAAACUUC